GAGGGAAACAUUCCAUGCUAUGCUUGUUCUAGUGGCUGUAUUGUUCUUUGGAGCUGCGGAGUUUUGUUCUGGUCUGAACACGAGCUUAAGCUGUAUAGAGGGGGAGAGAGAAGCCCUCUUGAAGUUCAAACUUUGUUUCAAUGAUUUAUCUGACAUGUUGUCUUCUUGGAAAGGCAAUGACUGUUGUGAAUGGAGAGUAGUAGGUUGCGAUAAAAAUAGCAGACAUGUUGUCUCGCUUCAACUCAGGGGAUCUAUAUCUGAUCGAUCUCAAUUGCACUUGAUUGAUGGUGUAGAGGAGGUUGUUUCCGUUUUGCUCAAGCUGAGAUGUUUGGAAUACUUAGACUUGAGCGGAAAUAACCUCAACAGCAGCGUUAUUCCGCCCUUCUUUGGUUUGUUGAAGCAGCUAAGCUACCUAAAUCUUUCUUCUGUGAAUUUCAGAGGAAGAAUUCCUAGUGAACUCGGAAAUCUUACGAGGCUUCGUGUACUUGAUCUUUCCGACAAAUUUUAUAGGAGAUUGAAGGUUGAUGAUGUUCAGUGGAUUUCUCAUCUCUUCUCUUUGCAACAACUUGAUAUGAGUGGAGUAAAUCUGAGUCAUGCCUCAUCAAACUUGUUCCAGCUUUCUAAGUUAAUGUCUUUAGAUCUUUCCAGCAAUCAAUUAAGUGGGAGUAUUCCAUAUAGCAUUGCGAAGCUUUCUGAGUUAAAGUUGUUAGAUCUUUCUAACAAUCAAUUGAGUGGGAGCAUUCCAGAUAGCAUCGGGCAACUAUCUAAGUUAAAGGGGAUACUUUUUUCAAGCAAUCAAUUGAGUGGGGGUAUUCCAUACAGCCUUAGGCAACUUUCCAAGUUAAGGACUAUAUAUCUUUCUAGCAAUCAAUUGUGUGGGAGUAUUCCAGAUAGCAUUAAGCAACUUGCUAAGUUAAAGAGCAUAGAUCUUUCCAAUAAUCAAUUGGGAAUAGGAUUUCCCAAAUGGCUUCUAUUGCAAAAUACAACAACCAUGGUUGAUCUCUCUAAUGCUAGCAUCUCAGGUCCUCUUCUAGAAAACAUUGAUCAUAUGAUGCCAAUGUUGCGAGAAUUAUAUCUUAAAAAUAACCUCAUGAACGGUUCAAUUCCACAGUCGCUAUGCAAUUCAAAAUUUUUGGAAGCUCUUGAUCUCUCAAACAAUAUGUUUUCCGGAAGUAUUCCCAAUUGUUGGAGAAAGAAUCAAUCAUUCAAUUUUAUUGAUCUAUCUUCUAACAAUCUCUUAGAUAACAAUUUGACAGGAAGGAUUCCUCUUUGUUUUGGAAAGUUUCCAAAAAUGGUGAAUGCAACACAAUUGAUGAAACGCAUUACUGAUGAUUAUUGGUCUUGGGCACAUUUGAAGGAGGUUGUGAAAGGAAGAUACCUUGAGUAUACAAGAAAAACCCUAGGACUCGAGAGCAGUAUAGAUCUUUCGAGUAACAAUCUAAUAGGAUCCAUACCAAAGGAGCUAAUUUUCCUUAAGGAUUUGCACAUUUUGAAUCUAUCUUGGAAUCAUCUCUCAGGAAAGAUCCCUGAGAAAAUUGGACAAAUGGAAAAUUUGGAAUCUCUUGAUUUCUCCCAAAAUGGCCUCUCAGGAACAAUCCAAAAUAGUAUGUCAAGUUUAACCAAGUUAAGCCACCUCAACUUGUCCUACAACAACUUGUUAAGGCCAAUUCCAACAGGCUAUCAGCUCCAAACACUCGAAGAUCCAACCAUUUACGUCGGUAAUCCUCAACUUUGUGGAGCUCCACUCUUGAAGAAAUGCUCAAACGAUGUGCUACCUCCACCAAUUGACAACUUCAAGGACAACAAUGAAGGUGCACUUACAAGAAUGUGGUUUUACAUCGUCGUGAUGUUAGGCUUUGUAAUUGGAUUUUGGGGAGUCAUGGGAACUCUGAUUUUUGUAAAAACUUGGAGAUAUGCUUAUUUUCGAUGGGUGGAUGAUGUCCAACAUUGGAUCCUUAUGGUUAUAACAUUAAAGGUGGCAAGAGUUAAGAAGAUGUUCAAUGGCAACCCAGAUGAUCAAUGAGUAAUAUAUGAAGUAUGUUGUUGUUGCUACAUUUAUUACUAAACCAGUUCCAUAACCAGUGUUGCAAGGUAUGGUGUCAAGUCCAACUUUGAAUGGCCAAACAUUGCAUCGACGAAUUUUAAAUGAACACAAAAGUAUUGGGGUUUGUAAAGUUUUCAAUAAUAUAACAUAUGCUGUAGU